UUGCAGUCACGUGACUACCACGUGACUACCACUCAGAUAACUUCCUUUUGGCGUCACCCCUUCACAUUUCAUUGUGUGAGUACUUUCUCAGUAAUGACAAAGCUGUCUCAUGUUAAAUAUGUCUCACAUGUGUCUCUCAUUACAGUACACCUGGUAAUUUUGCCACAGAGGCUACUUUUGACUUCAGUAUUCAUGACAUGUCUUUCCUGAGACGGUGGUGGUGUGUUGUCCUGGUGGAAAACCUUGGGCUGGAAGGGUAUGGGAGGAAGUUCGCCCACUUUACGGAGGAAGGAAAAUCAACCCUCCGAGACAAUGUCCCACCUGUCUUCAGGAUUGCACGAAAAAGGAGACUUUCAAGCUGCACAGUGAUGCCAUUGGACUCUGACAAGGACCAUGCUUAUAAUAAGAGGCCUUACAGCUUUCCUUCUAAGGAGAUGGGCAGUGGAGUUACCAUGGACAAAGAUGUCUUCAGCUUCAAAGAAGACACGUCUCUCAGUACGCCUGGUAUUUUGCCACAGAGGCUACUUUUGACUUCAGUAUUCAUGACAUGUCUUUCCUGAGACGGUGGUGGUGUGUAGUCCUGGUGGAAAACCUUGGGCUGGAAGGGUAUGGGAGGAAGUUCGCCCACUUUACGGAGGAAGGAAAAUCAACCCUCCGAGACAAUGUCCCACCUGUCUUCAGGAUUGCACGAAAAAGGAGACUUUCAAGCUGCACAGUGAUGCCAUUGGACUCUGACAAGGACCAUGCUUAUAAUAAGAGGCCUUACAGCUUUCCUUCUAAGGAGAUGGUUAGUAUAAAGUUAAUUGCAUAAUUGCAUUGUGAAUUUGGGUAUCCAUUUAGGGCAGUGGAGUUACCAUGGACAAAAAUGUCUUCAGCUUCAAAGAAGACACAUCUCUCAGGUCUGGGUGCGGGAGUCGACCGCGCGCUCAGUGUCGACCUGUUUGCGGAGUUUCAUCUGGGGGAGUCUUAUGCGGGGGUUUAUGAAGCGCAGGGCCCGAACAAUGAGAGCAAGGCCUUUCUGUUUCAAGACUCGUGGAGGAAGGUUCGAGUCCGGGGGCCUGUGGCCGAACGAAUCACAUCCAAGCUGCGGCAGAGGUCAGAGUUCACCGUGCUGGUGACCCUGAAACAGGAGCGGCUGAACUCCGGGGUGCUGCUGUCCAUCCACGACGCAGAGCAGAGGUUCCUGGAGGUGGAGAGCUGCGGGCAGCAGAGCGAGCUGAGGGUCCACUACUGGAGCCGGGAGCGGGGGCCACACAGCGAGGUGUUCCCCUACAGCCUGGCCGACGGCCGCUGGCACAAGCUGUCGCUGGCCGUGGGCGGGGCCCGCGUGGCGCUGCACGUGGACUGCAACAGGAUCUACGAGAGAGCCAUCGAGCCCCCCUGGAUGGACCUCAGCAACGACACCGCCGUCUGGCUGGGCCAGAGGAACAAGGCCCACGGGUACUUCAAGGGGAUAAUGCAGGACAUGAUUCUGCUGGGCAGUAACCAGGGUUACGUCGUUCAGUGUCCGGACCUCAACCGCACGUGUCCCACCUGCAACGACUUCCACGGAUUGGUCCAGAAGAUCAUGGAGCUGCAGGACGUCCUGGCCAGGACCUCCAACAAGCUGGCUCGAGCCGAGGACAAGAUGCGGAGUCUGGACGGCUGCUCGUGCGAGCGCACGUGCGCGGCGGAGGACGGCGUGGUCUACCGGGAGCUGGACAGCUGGGUGGACGGCUGCAGGAACUGCUCCUGUCUGAACGCCUCGGUGCGCUGCGAGCCGCUGGCCUGCCCCCGCCUGCAGUGCCCGCCGCACAGCGCGGCCGCCUACGUCCCCGGGACCUGCUGCAAGGAAUGCCAGCCGGUCUGCCUGUUCAGAGGCAGGAUGUACGUGGACGGGGAGCGGAGGAGUGUGAGGGACUCGGCCGGCGUGUGUCUGCUCUACCAGUGUCAGGAGGGAGCCAUGGGGAAGGUCGGUGAUUGGUCGUGUCCCGCCCUGAGCUGUCCCGAGUCGGAGCAGAUCUCCCUCACCGACCGCUGCUGCAAGGUCUGCAGAGGCCAUGACUUCUGUGCAGAGGGCUGGGCCGAGCGCUGCGUGGAGAGCUCAGAGUGUGUGAACCUGGAGGCGGGGGCCUACUGCAGCUGCCAGGACGGCUACCGCGCCGCGCGCGACGACAGCGCCUACUGCCAGGACAUCGACGAGUGCACGGAGGGGAAGCACUACUGCCGGGAGAACACGCUGUGUGUGAACACGGCCGGCUCCUUCACCUGCCGCUGCCUGGCGGGCUUCAUCCGCGUGGACGACUACUCCUGCACAGGGCGGGAUGAGUGUGAGAGUGGCGGGCGGCGGUGUGACGAGAACGCGAUCUGCUUCAACACGGUGGGGGGCCACAGCUGCUCCUGCAAGCCGGGCUUCACUGGCAACGGCACCACCUGCACAGCCAUGUGCGACGGCCUUUGUCAGAACGGAGGGAGCUGCAUGUCUCCUGCCCUGUGUGUCUGUCCUCAGGGCUACACUGGGAAGAGGUGUGAGACAGAUAUCGACGAGUGCUCGGACGGCUUCGUGGAGUGUGACAGCCGGGCCAACUGCGUGAACCUGCCCGGUUGGUACCACUGCGAGUGCCGCGACGGUUACCACGACAACGGCCUGUUGUUCUCCAACGGGGAGUCCUGCGAAGACAUCGACGAGUGUGAGACGGGCCGGAACUCGUGCGCUAAGGACAUGACGUGCGUGAACGUGGACGGAGGCUACGACUGCCGCUGCCCCCACGGGAGGAACUGCUCCGGGGACUGCCGCUUCGACGACCGCGUCAAGCACGACGGGCAGAUCUGGGUGAUGGACGGCGACCGCUGCUCCGUGUGCUCCUGUCAGACCAGCCGGGUGCUGUGCAGGAGGAUGGUGUGCGACUGUGACAACCCCACGGUGGACGUGUUCUGCUGCCCCGAGUGCGACCCGCGGCUCAGCGGCCGCUGCCUGGACCAGAACAGCCGCCUGUCCUACAACAGCGGAGACACCUGGCUGGAGGGGUGCCAGCAGUGCACCUGCACGCGGGGGGAGGUGGACUGCUGGCCGGUGACGUGCGCGGCCCUGGGGGAGUGCGACCUGAGCGCCGUCCCCGAGGGGGAGUGCUGCCCCCGCUGCGUCGCCGACCCCUGCCGCGCCGACCCGGUCGCCCCCGACAACGACCUGGGGGGCGCCUGCACGGACGAGAGCGGCCUGACGCGCCUCGGCGGAGCCACCUGGACCAAGCACGGAGCGGAGUGCACGCUCUGCCAGUGCAAGAACGGCCACGUCUGUUGCUCCAAGGACCCUCUGUGCCGCUAGCCGCGCCCAACGCCGAGGCCACGCCCACUGAACGGCCACGCCCCUCUGGCCACGCCCCGCCCGCCAGCUCUGUAUAAACUGCUCCCCCCGCUCCCUCUUUUGUGAAGCCCUACGUCAAACUCGCCCUGCUCAGAUCACUUCGGUGCACCUCCCCGUCCGUCCGUCACUCCUUCUCCUGUCCGUCUGUCUCUCCGUCUGUCCCUCCGUCAAUCUGUCCGUCCCUCAUUCCAUCCAUCCAGCUCUCCCACAAUGGUUUUCCAUCGGUCCGUCGGUCCGACCGACCUCAGUGUUUUUCUGUCCAUCCAUUCAGACUUGCGUUGGUCUGGAUGCACCAUGGUACACCACCCGUCCGUUCACCCAUCCGUCUAGUCAUCCAUCCAUUCAUUCCUUCCACCACCUCCUCGAUGUUCAGCAGGUCAGGAACGCCGGGUCACAACCGAUCCGAACGCUAAGGAUAAAUAGCUCCACCGGAUAAACGAACGAUAAGCAAAGGGACUCUGACUAGUCCAGUCCAUGGAUGCACCCCGAUCCGUUUAUAUGUUUAUAGCUUCAGUAAACAACUCGGAAAGUGGCUUGCGCUGUUCCAUGUCAUUUGAUAUUUUCUCCGACCAAUCAGUGUUGUUUCCCCCCCCCCCCCCCUCCCUGCCUGGCCUUGGU